AUGCUGACUAAGCGCUGCACCCAAAAACUUCCCGCGCACCUUUACACAUCGACACCCUCCAGAAUCACCAUGUCGCCGCGCUUAGGACUCCAAUCGCCCCUAUGGGGCUCAUUGAUCACUCCGAUUUCAGUUCGAUCGUUCGGUAUUAGAUCACUCACCCCCCCUAAGCCCAGUCGCUACAAUGUCGGACCUGGUCUGCCCAUUCUCGAAUCGUCUCCCGAAGCAGCUCUUCGUCGCAAAGCCAAUUCUCUUCCCCUCCGUGCCGGUGCUAUUACAAUCAAGAAGGGCAUGACCGCCAUUUUCGAUCCUGAGACAGGGAAGCGCACCCCUUGCACUGUCCUGCAGCUGGAUCGUGUCGAAGUUCUCUCGCACAAGACUGUUUCGAAGCAUGGAUAUUAUGCGGUGCAGGUUGGUGCUGGCUGGAAGCACCCCCGCAAUGUGACCAAGGCUCUCCUGGGUCAUUUCUCCGCCCAUGGCUCGUCGCCCAAACGCCAUAUCUUCGAAUUCCGUGUCAAGGACGAGGCUGGUCUGUUGCCCAUUGGUCAAAGCAUUGAGGCAGGUUGGUUCCAAGAGGGACAGUUUGUUGAUACUCGCUCCAACACCAAGGGUAAGGGCUUUGCUGGUGUGAUGAAGAGACAUGGAUUCGGUGGUCAGGACCGUAGUCACGGUGUCAGUUUAACGCAUCGUUCGAUGGGUUCCUCCGGUCCUGGUCAGGGUGGUGGUUCUCGUGUGUACCCCGGCAAGAAGAUGGCCGGAAACAUGGGUAACACCCAGAACACCGUGCAGAACUUGAAGAUCCUCAAGGUGGACUCUGCCAAUGGCAUUGUGGUUGUGAGCGGUGCGGUCAGCGGUCCCAAGGGCUGCGUCGUGCGAAUUCAAGACGCCAUCAAGAAGCCUUGGCCCGAGGUGCCGGUGGAAGGUGAAGAGGCCGUGAAGGGCGAAGCUACCGCGGCUGCUUAA